GUGGUUGCCUAAGCUCUGAUAUCUGAGCAUAAAAUACAUAUUACGAUGGUCGACUACUACAGGAUUCUCGAAGUACAACGAACUGCUACCAGCAAUGACAUCAAAAAAGCAUACAGAAAAUUAGCGUUGAAAUGGCACCCAGACAAAAAUCCCGAAAAUUUAGACGAAGCAAACAAGAAGUUCAAGGAAAUAUCCGAAGCUUAUGAAGUAUUGAUAGACGAAAAGAAAAGGCGUGUUUACGAUCAGUAUGGCAAGGAGGGUCUACAGAUGAACGGUGGCAAGAGACGUCAUGAAAGUGACUUCAGGCCAUUCUUUACCACCUACGUGUUUAGAGAUCCGGAGGAGGUCUUCAGAGAAUUCUUUGCCGCCUCGUCCUUCGACGAUCCCUUUGAUAGCUUAUUCGGAUCUGCUACUCGACGAGGUCAAGGUAGUAUUGGUACUAACAACAGUUUAAGCACAUCCUUGUUUGGACGUCUAGGUAUUCAUUCACCGUUCUAUAACCCACUGAGUGGUAUGGAGUUUACCGAAUUCAAUUCAUUUCCUUCUUUCGACGUAACCACCAGCCAUGGGGCAGCAGUUAAAAGGACCAGUACUUCGACACGUUUCAUCAAUGGAAAAAAGAUCACCACCAAAAAGAUAUACGAAGAUGGGAAGGAAACCAUAAUGUCAUACGAGAACGACGUCCUAAAAUCAAAGACGGUGAACGGAGUACCACAGUCAAUAACGUUCGACCAAGUAUCGACAAGUCGUCAGGUCGCUGAAGGAGGUGAUGAUGUUACGGUGAUUAGCCAGACUGUAAAAGCGCAUCACGGUGAUUAUCCGAAGGGUACCAGAAACAAAACCCAUCAUCACCCUCAUGUCAAGAAGGUGGAUAAAAGUAAGAGAAAGUAAAGAGACGCGCAACACUAUUUUUCUCGGCGCUUCUUCACGUUCCUUUCCUAAAUAAUUAAUAACAAUCGAUUGAUUAGGUUGCGGUACGAUGGACUUGAUGUAAAUUUUUCUAUUAUUAUUAUUA